GCAGAUCCAAAACAACGUGGGCGAGGCGGGUGUGCCGCGGUUUCCUUGGCGCCGGGCCUCAAGCUGCGUGCGCUGCGAGUAGGUACGAGUGAACUCGAUCAACAACAUGUCCGAGAACAAGACGGAAGUGAAGGCCCGCAUCGUGUCGGCCGAAGACGGCAGCAUCAAGGUCGUUAUCUUCUCCGCGCCGGAGUCGCCUCCGCUCCUCGGAGCAAAGGCGAGCGGCGCCAAGAACGCACCCGCUGAGGACGUCACCGUGGCCGAGUCCGGCGCGUCAAUCAAGGAGUUUCCGGUGGAGGAGCCCGCCCCGGCGGCGAGCGCCUGGCAUUCUGCGCACGUGCGUCUGCCGACCCACUCCUUCAUCCGUCCCGCGUGAUGCGUAGGGCGUCGCCGACUGGAACGUCUCGACCAAGGAGGUUCCAGAGGAGUUUCCAGAUCCGGCCGGCGCCAAGGCCGUCGGCAUCCCGCCCAAGAGCGAGCCCCGCCCGCUCAAGGACGGCAUUGACACGGGCGGCGGCAACGUCGCGGGCGAGUUGUCGCCGAUGAAGUCCUUCGCGAAGGUCGGAAUCGUGCCGGCUGACGACGGCCGCAUCACGAUCGUCAUCUCCGCGUCGGUGUCGCCUAGUUCUACAACGUCGAGGGCGCGCCGCAGUGCCACCAGUACCCUAAGCCUACCCCUCCCCCUAACCCUUACCUCAGAAUCGUCGCAGAAGCAGGACGGCCCGCUCGCAGGAGCGGAGCCGGUCGAUUUCCAUUGUCAAGACUGCGCGAAGCGUUGUCGCGGGGCCCAGAGCCGGGCGCGAGGCGCUCGGCUGCGGUAGGCCAGUGGGCGAGCGCCAUUGGGCGGCUCAGCCAUAGGCACGUCGUAAGGAACGCGUUGUCUUGAAAGUAGGUGCGUACGUGCUCUUUUCUUUUUCACAGCAGAGAUGGCGCCGCCGCGGGUCGGCGCCCGUGUUUUUCUUUUUGGC